CAAUUAUUAAUACUAUCCUUUCCCUUAAUAAACCUCCACCCCCAACCAUUUUCCCCAACCCUAAUUUCACUUCAAUUUCAAUUUCAUUUCAUUUCUCAAGCACCUUAUAACUCCGUUAUCUAAUCCCGUUAAUAUUGUUGAAAACUGAUGGCGCAGAGAACAGAAAAAGAAGAAACAGAAUUCAAAAACGUACCUGAAACGUUAACUCUAUGCGUCAACAACUGUGGUGUUGUUGCCAGCCCCGCCACGAAUAACAUGUGUCAGAACUGCUUCAACGCUAGCUCAACGACGUCAUCUCAACGUAGAUCUGGAUCGGCGAGGUCUCCGGCGAGGUCAACGUCAACGUUUCGUGAUGAAGAAUCGGUUGAUCUGGUGGUAGAUCGGACGGUUGUAGUGGAGGAGAAUGAAAUUAAACAGAAGACGACGGUGAAAGUUGUGAAUCGGGGCUCCGGUUGCCGGAAACGAGUCGGUUUUGCCGGAUUUAGGUGCCGGUGUGGCGAUCUGUUCUGCGGUGAGCACCAGUACUUUGAUCGGCAUGAUUGUAUAUACAAUUAUAAAACCGCUGGUCGCGAGGCAAUUGCGAGGGAGAAUCCGGUGGUCAAAGCGGCGAAAAUUGUUAGGAUUUGAAUUUUUAUGCAAAUAUGUUCUACGUGUUUUUUUUUUUUUGUAUUUGAUUUUCUGAUCGGAAAAAUUGAAAUUGUUAUCACUGUUAUUA